AUGCCAAAGUAUGCUAAGUUCAUAAAGGAUGUUCUGUCAAAGAAGAGGCGGUUUACUGAGUAUGAAACUGUAGCAGUGACUAAGAGUUUCACAGAUGUCAUCAAGCAAAUUCUGUCUAAACAGAAGGAUUCGGGAAGUUUCUCUAUUCCUUGUCAUAUUGGAAAUAAGUUAUUAGGGCAAGGUUUAUGUGAUCUAGGAGCUAGUGUAAAUUUGAUGCCGAUCUCAGUUUUCAAUAAGUUAGAGUUGGGUGAAGCUAGACCAACUACUGUUACUUUACAGCCAGCUGAUCAAACCGAUAAAGAGAUGCCUUUGCUCCUAGGGAGACCGUUCUUGGCAACUGCUAGAACCCUUAUUGAUGUUGAAAAAGGGGAAUUAACUUUGAGAGUUGAUGAUGAAGAUGUGACAUUCAACAUGUACCAUUUGAUGAAAGCCUCAAGCCGUCGUGAGCAGUGUUCUUUUAUAGACAUUAUUGAUCAGAUUGUGCAAUAG